CAGUUCUCCCACAAUCCAUCUCUGUAGAAUCUUCGCGCUUCCUCUCCCGCAGAGAGAGCACGCCAAGAAAAUUUCUCUGCUUCCUUGUUCAGAUUCGAUCGGAACUUAGCCACCACUUUCGAUUAUUUCUCUCUGUCGUUGGCUCACUUGUUUUUUUCCGGUGGAGAUGGAAAUUAUCGCCUUUUAGGGCUUCGUUCUUUCACGUGAUUAUUCGGUGAAGACUCUCUUGUCGGGUUUUUCUAGAUUGGGGAUAUGGCUAUCAGGGUUACCGUCUCCUUCUCCGGCUAUGUCGCCCAAAACCUUGCCUCCUCCGCGGGAUUUCGCGUCGGAAAUUGUCGCGCCGUUCACGAAUGCUGGAUUAGGUCUCGAAUUUUCGGAUCGAACCAGAAGCCGGAAUUUGACCCUUCCGGCGCGGCAAGAAAUUACCGUCCCGACAUCCGACCCUCUAAUUCGAAAUGUUGGGUUAAGAAUUCGGCAUCGUCGUUUAGCACUCUCGCCGGAGAAAUUGUUGGUGAUAACUGUAGAAGCCCCCUUCUUUUAGGUUUGAUCUCGAUUAUGAAGUCAACUGCGUGUACUUCCGUUUCCUCGCCGAUGGCCAUGGGCAUAUUUGGCGUUUCUUCCUUCAAUGCCGCUUCGAUUAUACCAUUUUUACAGGGGUCGAAGUGGCUACCUUGUAACGAAUCGAUUCCACACUCAGCAAGCGCAGAAAUUGAGAGCUAUGGAGUUUUUGACAGCGCCGCGGACGAGGGCUUGAGCAAGCCGCCGAAUCCUCCGCGGUUAGAGAAGAGCAGCUGGUUUUCGCGGUUCUUGAAUAACUGUUCGGAGGAUGCGAAGGCCAUCGUCACAGCUUUGACAGUCAGCGUACUCUUCCGUUCCUUCUUGGCUGAGCCAAGGUCUAUACCUUCUUCAUCAAUGUAUCCCACCCUUGAUGUUGGCGACCGCAUCUUGGCAGAAAAGGUAUCAUAUUUUUUCAGAAAGCCGAGUGUUUCUGAUAUUGUUAUAUUUAAGGCUCCUCCAAUCUUGCAGGAAGUUGGUUAUAAGUCAAGUGACGUAUUCAUCAAGAGAGUUGUGGCAAAGGCUGGCGAUUAUGUUGAGGUUCGGGAUGGAAAACUCUUGGUGAAUGGUGAUGCUCAAGAUGAGGAGUUUAUCUUGGAGCCGCUUUCCUAUGACAUGGAUCCAAUGCUUGUACCUGAAGGAUAUGUUUUUGUGAUGGGAGAUAAUCGCAACAACAGUUUUGAUUCUCACAACUGGGGUCCACUUCCCGUCGAGAACAUUGUUGGUAGAUCGGUAUUCAGAUACUGGCCACCGUCGAAAGUUUCCGAUACCACCACUGGCAGCAAAAAUGCAGGCAAAGAGUAUGAAAAAGUUAUUCGCCAUAUCCUACUGAUCGAUUGCAACGAGCCAAAGGAGAUGAAGAUUCACCGUCGGACGCCAUUGCUCUUCUUUCUCCUUCAACUUCAAAUCGCCUCCUCGCUCUGCUCAAACAGCGAUAAUAAUCUCUUGCAGGAUGUUUUGAAGCAAAUAGCGGGGAAGCAGGGUUGGGAUUUAGAGGAAAUGAGAAUCUCGAAACUGGAUGUUGGGACUCUGAGGUUUGGAUGUGCGGAGAGCUAUGAAAUUCAUCUGGAAUUGGGGAAAACUCGGCUGUUGGCGAAAUUUUCUGACGAGGUUUCUUCGUGGAGAAAGCCGAGUUAUGGCAAUGAGACUAGCUUCGGAUCCUUAAUUAAUGACAUCGCUUCAAUUGCUGCAAUUAGGUCAUUCAAAAUUGUGGGUCCUUUUGAAUUGAUGGUUGAAGGGGACGCCCAGCUUUCUCUCUUUUUACCAAAGAAUGCUACUCAUGUUGGUCUUAAACGAAUUCUGGUGGGAGAAGGCAUCACAGUAGAAGUUAGUGAAGCUGAGGAGGUCUCUGUGUUUUAUUCGUCUGAUCUUGCCAGGUUACUGGACCAAACCAGAAUGACCAAUGGGAAAACAAAAUUUUACCCUUUCUGGCUUCCAUUUUGCUUACCUUUGCUUCCUAUCCGCAUACUCGGGUCUGUAACAUUGUCUGCUUACAGGACACGAAAUCCCGAUGAUUACAUAAGAACUACCUUUCUUUCCAAGGAUUCAAUUGAGUUAUUGCCAGACAAGUGCUAUGGUAGAAAUACUUACACAAAGAAGUCUCCCCUACUUGAUUCCUUAAAACUGCGGUUUAACACAUUGGAAAGUGUUCUUCAACGUCACUUCAGUAAUAGGAUCCUUCAAAACAGCUUUCUGGGCUUUGUUAAAGUUAAGAUGAGAGCAUCGGUUGUCGUUUGGUUUCAGCUAGAAGUAGAAAGUAAUAUUGGAACGAAUAGUAGUCGCUAUGCUAAAUUGACAGAGUGGAGAACCAGGCCGGCGGUUGAACGAGCUGUGUUUGAAGUAUUGGCCAGGGUGAAUGCAUUGACAUUGAGGCUGAAGUCUCUCACAGUUAAGAAGUUGAAGCCUUUGAUCGUGGCAGAUUCGAUCGAAUGGAGGUAUCUGCUGCCAAAUAUAUCCUUCACCAAGUUUCCAUCUUUGCGUGUUCGUCCCGAAGCUCUAACGCUGGAUGUCAAAUGGUAGUCAGAACAGUUUUCGUCGAGAUUCUUUUUCUUCACAGAUAAAGGUAAUAUCCCUCACUUUUUGGCAAGCUUCCUUGUUUAUAUAUCUGGUGGAUGUAUAUUGUAAAUGAACAGUACAUAUUUUUCUUGCACAAUGCUACUGGUGGUUACUAGUUAAUACAGCAAUAGAAGCAUUACAUAGUUUUUAGGUUUGAAUGUAGAGAACAAUCACACACAGAGAUGUAAUAAACUAGUUUCUGUAUAUAUGCAUAUUUGCAUCUAUGGUUCAGUUCUGUA